AUGCAGGCGCAGAAUGCCGUCGGAUCAGGGUCCAACGAUGCCGCCCUCAGGCUUCCUCGAUGUAUGUGUUUGACAUGGAUUGUGCGGAUUCUUCUGAUUGGAUAUGACAGGAUAUCCGCGCUGGGAGAGCGUGUUUUGACUCUGGAGAGAACAGUGUCGGAGUACGAUCUGCCAUCUUCAACGAUUGAUGCUCUUUUUAGUAACACGAUAUUUAGGGGAUAUGAACAUCCAAGCCCCUCAACCAAUUCAACCGGUCGGGGAGAAAAUUAUUCUAAGAAACGAAGACUCGACCAGCUCUCCUCAACGAAGACAUCGCCCCAAUCGCCCCACAAUGUCUGCGAUAUCGGGUCAACCACACACCAUGCUGAACAAGCCCGAGCAGUUAUCCAGGGCGAGCUCAUCGGGAAUGAGCGAAUGGACCUCGAGCGACAGUCGAUUCUCAAGUCUGCAUUGCAGUUUGUGGAUGUAAUGGCACAAGGAAGAGGUGCCUCAGACAAGAAUUCUCCAUCCUUGGAUGUCUGCAGUGAAGAUUUACAAGAUGGGAAUCAGUCCAUCACCCCUUCACCAGAACUGCUCUACAUGCUGCUUCAAGAACCCACGUCUUCAGGGGGGCGAUCCCAGUCGUUAGAAUGGCCAGAUCACAUUUCGGACAAAUCGCUUGAGAAGAUGGCAUCGACCAUCUUGGGCGAUCAUGGUAAUGACCAUGGACAGGUGUUCUAUCAAUACUGCAUCUGUGUUUAUGUGAAAGCCAUAUUCCAUCUGUUUCAAAAGCCAAGGGCUUACAAGGAUCCGCGCAUGCAUGAGCAAUUUCUCAGGUCAAAGAAAUCAUACGAAGCUUCCGCCUUUCGGGCUCUCAACAGUCUCAACUUCCUCAAUGCACCGACUUUACCUUUCAUUCAAUCUCUUAUUUCCGCGGCAUUUUUCAUGCAGUAUCUUGGCAACAUGAGCCAAAGCUGGAUUCUCAACUCAUACGCCGCUCGUCUUAUUGUCGCUUUGGAUUAUCACGAGAUCCGCAACCCACUGGGAGAGUCCGAUUUGGAUGAAGAGAUACACAGCGUGGUAUAUUGGUGCUUCUACCUGGACCGAACCCUCAGCACGCUUCUUUACCGACCUCUAUCACUACCCGAGCCUCGAAUUUCUCCAACAAAUCUCAUUACUGGCGAUAGAUCCCUACCGCAUAUUCCGCUGAUACGCAUUUUGUUGGACCUGGCCCAAAUCCAAGGCGAGCUUUUGGACUGCGGGAAGACGGGAAAUACUCGUGAUAUAAUCGAAAGACACUCCAGGCUUCAGGAAAGGAUGGAGAUCAUUCGCCCAAAACUUGAAUCUACUCGAACCUCGGCGCCCGAGGUUAUUUCAUCUGAUUGGAUCGCCGGGGAUUUCUGCUACUACGCCAUCUUAGUUGAUAUUCUGCGAUCUCGCUUGAGAUACGCCUUCUCGCCACUGACACACAAAGAGUGUUUAUCCUAUUCCCGCAAAUCACUUAAGGCCCUGCAUCACCUCCAACAGAACCUGGCAGACACUCCGGGUUUCAUUGAUCCAUACCCAACAUUCUUGACAUGGACUGUUCUCUUAUACCCCUUGAGCCCAUUCUUCGUUCUUUUUUGCAACAUCAUUGGCGAGCUGGACAUGGACGACUUCAACCUGAUCCAAGAUAUCACACGCAGUCUGUCCCAAUUUACCGCCAGCCCUUACAUCGCCAAGCUUCUCAAAUUGCUUGAAACGUUACAAAAUCUCUGCAUACCCUUGAUAGAAGCCAAAGAACGCAUGGGCCCUCAGGCUAAAGUGGCUUCUUUAUACCCUGCAAUGACGAUGCGAGGAGACCAGCAAGCUAUGUCUGAUCAACAGCCGUAUCCGACCGAGCCUUUCACGGAUCCAACGAAUUCGUAUCCGCAGCAGUUACAAACCCCCGAUGGAAGUUACCGGGAUGAUGAGAUGAUGUGGCAAUUGUUCAAUAGCCAGCUCUCCUUGGAGUGGUUCGAGUCGGCUUCUUUUUAUCUAUAG